UCUUCUUCUUCUCUCUCUCUCUCUCUCUCUCUCUCUCCUUUUCUGUCGUCCUGACUCCUGACUCGUAUUGGCUUCUCCUUCUUGUUCUUUCUAGUGUUGUCUUCUAUUCUCACACCUCACCUCUUUAUUCCUUUUUUUUUUUUUUUAUAGCUUUCAUGCCCCUCUAAAAAACCGGCCUCUUUUCAAGUUUCUAAGAAUACCCAUUACCGGACCAAAGGGAAACUAGAUGGAGGAGGACUGUGAGUUUCGACACUGGGAUGAGCUAAUCCCUGAUGCACUUGGGCUAAUAUUCAAAAAUCUUUCACUUCAAGAGAUUCUUACUGUGAUCCCAAGGGUUUGCAAGUCAUGGGGUAAAGCUGUUAGAGGGCCUUACUGCUGGCAGGAGAUAGACAUUGAGCAAUGGAGCGAACUUCGCCGCCCUGAGACCCUUGAUCGAAUGCUUCAGAUGCUUAUCACAUGGAGUUCUGGUUCACUCCGCAAGCUAUGUGUCUCCGGCCUCCCUUGUGAUCAGAGUCUUUCCUUCAUUGCAGAUCAUGCCAAAUCUCUUCAGACUUUGCAGCUGCCACGAAGUGAAAUAGGCAAUGAGAUAGUGGAACAGGUUGCUUGGAGGCUCUCUACCAUCACUUUCUUGGAUAUAAGCCACUGCAGAAACAUUGGAGCCCCUGCCCUUGAGGCAAUCGGAAAGCACUGUAAAUCUCUUACUAGGUUGCGAAGAACAAUGCACCCAUUAGAGCUAAUUGACAAGCUCAGUCAAGAUGAUGAGGCCCUUGUAAUAGCAGCCACAAUGCCAAAACUCAGGCAUCUUGAACUGGCCUAUCUGCUAAUCAGUACAGAAAGUGUGCUGAAGAUACUCUCAAGCUGUCCUGAGCUUGAGUUUUUGGAUGUACGUGGGUGUUGGAAUGUAAUACUUGAUGAGAAGAUUGUCAAAAAAUUCUCUGGGGUAAAGGUGAUUGGACCACCUCCCAUAGACUGUUGUAAGAUGACUGGCUGGGAUGAUUGUUCAAAUUCAGGUUCCUCUCGCUAUUUGUCGUGGGACUUUGUGGCCGGUGAAAUAGAUGAUGAUUAUUAUGAAGAUAUGUCAGAUGCAGCUUGGGAAGACGACCAAAGUAUGGAAGAGGUAGAAUUGAGGUUCUAUGAUGGUUUCGAUUUCAAUAAUGCUUUGUUUGAUUGGCCACAUUCUCCUUGAGGUUUGCUUGUGUGAAAGUGCUUGAUGGAGUGUUUUUUUUUUUUUUUUUUUUAAUGGCAUUUAAAGGUUCUACCAUUACUCUGGAUUAUGCUAUAAGAACUGUUGCUGUUACUAUCACUUCGCUACUUCUUUUAUUCUGUAAGAAACUUUUAUGUGCAUCUAAGGUUUGUAUGCAUAAUAAUUCAAGUGAAACUGUGAGGCCUUCUAUCCA